CACGUUCGUAUUAACAAGUUGUUGAAAGCACGAAAGUGCUAAAGCUCGUUUUCAAUACAUGUAAAGAAAGACUCAAAUCAAAGUCAAUGAAAGAAGGCAAACUAUAUACAGAAACCCUAUGCUAAGGAAACUCAGGUGGGCGGACGGCUUGUAAGUUCCAAGUCUACGACUUCAAUCGGCUUCCAGAUCGAUUUUUUCGUAGUAUUGUCCAGCUUUCGAUUCAAGUCAAGGUCACAGUUUCCAUACCCAAGUGAGAAUGAAGAAGGUGUUUCUCAAAUUGGACGUGCACGAUGAGGAGGGAAAGCAGAAGGCUGUGAAACGGGUUUCGAGCUUUUCAGGUAGCGACUCCAUUUCCAUGGACAUGACGGUAAAUGGUGAUGCUGAUCCUGUUGCUGUUGUAAAUGAAUUAAGGAAAGAUUGGAACGUGGAUAUUUUGACUAUCGUGCCAGAAAAAGAGGAGGAGAAAGAGAAUGGCAAGAAAGAAGAGCCUGCUUACACAGCUGAUGAAAGACAGAAAGCAGAGCUUGAUGAACAAAAAAAGAAAGCUAAGAUUAAGAAGCUACUUUACGAAAGCGAAGGUGAUUCUAUAUAUGGUCAUAUGGCAAGUACCUCUGAGGAGAGGCCAAAUUCUUGUGUCAUAUGUUGAUUGUCGGGAUGGGAUUUUCAGGGUAAAAUACAACUUUGAAACUCAUUAAUUUACUGAUGACAAACCAAUAAAAGGUUCUCUUGUUUUGUAUGCUUCGUGUAGUCCGAAGAACAUGAUGAUUGUUUACAUAAAAAAAUAAAUGAUUCAUUUCAUAA